AUGGACGAAGAAGACACGAAACGACAGCAACAGGACGAUAAUAUUGGUGAUGAUGUUGAUUCGAAGCAUCAUUCUACUAAUGUUGUUGACCUGAAGCACGACAAUGGCGACCAUCACGUCUUGUUAUCCUACACCUACUUUGAAGAAAACCUCGAUCAACCCGUGCCUCCAAACGUGCAACGGCUAGUGGUCAUUCCGCCGACAAAUGGCAUACCAAGGAAGUUGUGCUACUUUCAUGAACGCUUGAGACAAGUCACAUUGUCAUCGGGCCUUCAGACCAUUGGGGUUCGUGCCUUCUUUGGCUGUGUGUCUUUAGAAGAAGUAAACUUGCCUUUUUCUAUCAAAGCAAUUUACGAAUCCGCCUUUGAGGAGUGUUCCUCUCUUGUGUCUGUGAAUCAGCAAUUAGAAAGCGAUUCAGAGAUGAAAGAAGCUGAUGACAUGCAGAAGCCUAAAGAUCAGCAUUCCCAGUCAAUCGGAAAUUUGAUCCUUUCGAAGUAUAAAACGUGGAUGAAAAUGAAUGGAUCAAUAGGCACCGGUACCGUGAUUGAGUAUCGGGCCUUUAAAGGGUGUACUUCUUUACGAAAUAUAAUUGCAAUAUCCUCCACAAUGAGAUCCAUCAAGGAACGGGCCUUUGAGGAUUGUCGUGGGCUAUUGGAUCUCAAUUUUUCAGCCUCAGGCACACUGAUCCAGAUACAAUCCUGUGCUUUUAAAAAUUGCAAAAGUGUUCAAAGCAUCCAGAUCCCGUCGACUGUUGAUGUUCUCGGAAGUUACUCGUUUCUCAGAUGCAACUCUUUGGUGGACGUUACCUUGGCUGAAGGACUGAAGACGGUUGGAAAUUUUGCAUUUACAUAUUGCUCUUCCUUGGAAGAGAUCAAAGUUCCCUGGACUGUCAAGUCGAUUGAAAAGGGGGCAUUUUCCUUUUGCGAAGCUCUGAUUACUGUGGACCUUCAAGGCGAUCAAGCAGAGAUUCAUCCAAAGGUCUUUCAAGAAUGUUCUUCGUUACAACGCAUGGCACUGCCACUCACCAACAAAAUGCUUCAUUCGGAUGCACUUUCAAACUGCCGAUGUAUGGUCCAAGUGAUUCUACCGGAUAGCUUGGUUGCAAUUGGGCACUCGGCGCUUCGUGAUUGCAAGUCGCUACGUUCCCUGGCACUCCCGAAAACACUCAAACGGAUUCAUGCCUACGCCAUAUCCGGUUGUUCGAACUUGGUCUCGGUAGAGAUUCCAAAGGGAACAAAGGCAAAACUCGGUCCUCGUUGCUUUCAGGGCUGCGAAGUGCUUACCAACAUUGCCAUACCACCAUCCAUGGGAAAACUAGUAAUUGCCGAUCCAGAAGCCAAUUUAUUUUCAGGUUGCAUGUUGCUAUCGCUCCAAACUGGUGGUGGUCCAAUCUCUCAGUAUCUAGAGCAUCGAUUUGAAAUGUACCCGGUUCAUGAGCUAUGCUACUAUGCAUCCAGCACAACAAGAGCCCAUUUGGAGGAGCAAAUACAAAAGUCUUUUCCAUUCAGUAAGGACGUGAAGCACAAUGAGAUGAAGAACAUGCAAGAUGUGAUGGGCAUGACUCCAUUUCAUAUGCUUCUGUCCGCUUCGACCAGACGACUUGAUCUAUUGGAGGUGCUAUUGAAUGCCUAUCCAGCGACUAUGCUGUUGGUGAGAAAUGAAUCCAAGAUGUUGGCUUUGGAGUACUUGAUUUCCAAUUGGACAUUGGAUGCAAGAUUGAUGAUGCGGAAAUGUCUACAAAAAUGCAUCCUGGACCCUCUUCAGAAUUGGGGACUAGACGCAUGGAGGGUGCGCAUGAUGGAUGUUGUGGAUUCGGCAUGCUGUGCUGGGGAUACUAAUAGCAGGGACAUCGCAAGCUUUGAGUCUCACUUGGAAGCCCGACUGAAUGGCGCCCUUGAUGGUUUGGCAACUUGCAAAGAAUUGGAGGUCACAUCUUUGCUGGAGCAAUGGCUUUGGAAAAUGGCUCUUUUGUGUACACCAAACAAUCGAGAAUCCGAAGUGGAACGAUCCAUAUGCCGUGCCAAAUGUGGAGCCUCCUUCAUCAUACCAAUUGUGAAGACGUUCCUGAAUGAAGAGACGUGGGGAACAGGGUUCUGA